AUGGAGGAGUUUGAGGGGUGGCUGCAGGCCAACGAAGCUCGCUACCCUCGCCUCACGUUCGCCGUCUCUGAGUUAGGCGGGAGGGGCGGCAUCGCGACGGAGGACAUUCUGCCCGGGGAGGAGCUGUGCUCCAUUCCCGUUCGUCUGGUGCUCACGACCGAGAUUGCCCGAAAAUCCGAGGUCGGCCGACUUGUUGCCGCCCACCUCAACGCAGUGCAAGGCGAGCGAUUGAGGGUGUCGGCCGGCCGCGCCAUCCUGUGUGCCUACCUGAUUCAUCAGCGCGCAGCCCAAGACGCGUUCUGGGGUCCCUACCUGCGCUCUCUUCCGAAACACGACGACAGGCCGGACGAAGACAUCCAGCACCUGGCGGGCACCAAUCUUUUCUACGCGAUGCAGGAGAAGCAGCAGCAGAUCCGCGAGUCCUUCGACCUGCUCUUCCCCGCCUUGUGUCACGCCCACCCGACCGUCUUCCCGCCGGACCUCUUCACCUGGGAUCAUUUCCUGUGGACGUUCACCGCGUGCUCGUCUCGGUCAUUCCCACAGACGCUCGUGCAGCAGCCCACCGCGACCACCAGCGCACACGCGGACCCCUACGACCUCCUUGAGAUAGACGAGUGCCUGCUGCCGGGGCUCGACAUGCUCAACCAUCAGUACAGGAAGAAGAUCACCUGGGCUCUCGAUCCUUCAACCGGCCGUCUCAAAUUCGUGACGGAGGACACGGUCGAGAAGGGAACCGAGGCCUUCAACAACUACGGCCCGAAAGGAAACGAAGAACUUCUCAUGGGCUACGGCUUUUGCAUUGAGGACAACGAACAGGACUACGUCAUGAUUCGCCUCUCCUUCUCUCCCGCUGGUAAAAUGGGCCUCUUUUCCCCGGUGCUGGCGGCGGUGAGCAUUAACCCGCUGGCAGCGAGGAAGAAGGCCCUGCUGGGCCGGCUCAAGCUGCCCGUGCUCCAGGCGCUCAGGCGCGACUACGUCCCUCCGGCCCUCCUCGACGCGCUGCGCGUGUCGGUGAUGACCCAGUGGGAGCUCUAUUUCUUCGAUGCGGCCGAGCUCGACGACGACAGCAGCAUUGCGGACGACGGCACGGCCCAGCGCAAACGCAAGCGGACUGAGACAGAAGGGGAGUCGACGCCCGCUGGCGAGAACGGUAGCGUGUUCGUGAAUUGGAGAAACGAGCUCGAGAUGACCCAAACGCUCAAGGGCCUGCUUGAGGACAAGGUGCGCAAGCUGGGUCCGGGUCCUCAAGCUCUUACCGCCGUCCACAACAACAGCAACGUGCGAAACGCGACCAUCUACAAGAAUGGUCAGCGACGCGUGCUCAAUUCGUGCAUCGAGGCCGUAGAGCGGAUGGUGAGCGAGACGGCCCGAAGGGCGAACGCUGCCGCUCUCGCGCAGAUCGCCUCUGCCGAAGCCAGCGCCGAGCCGAUCACCACCUACGCGCCCCCGCCCGGCAUCGACCACCUGCUCCGAUUCACCAGCGACGGCGUCUUCGCCGCGCAGGCCGUGCCCGCAGGCCAGGCCCUGCUCACCAUCCCCCGCCAGCUUCUUAUUACCGUCGACACGGCGCUGGAGUCACCGCUGGGCGAGGCGCUGCAGUACGUGGAGGGCGGGCUCGACGAGGACACGGUGCUCACGCUGUUCCUGGUCUGGGAGAAGGGCCGCGGUCAGGCGUCGCCCUGGUACCCGUUCCUCAGCGCCGUACGACACAAGAAGCCCGCGCCCGCCAAGAACAAAAAGAAAUUGAAGACAAAGACGAGUGCGAGAAAGAAGCCAGCGACGCAGAAGAGGGCCGCGGCGAAGGAGGAAAAGGCGAUGGAGGUAGUCGAAGAGGCGGGUGGUGGCGGAGGCGGAGAUGAGACAAAGAACGAAGAGGGGGAGGAGGACGGCGAGUGGGCCGGGGAGGUCGAUCUGCCUCUGGCCUGGACCAAGGAGGAGCGGAGCCUCCUGGGACCCGACUUUGAGUCCGCGAGCCAACUUGGGGAGACCGAAGAAGGUCUGAAGGAGCUCUACUCGCAGCUAUUCCCGGCGCUCUCGCAGGCGCUGCCCCAGUACUUCCCGCGGGCGCUCUUCUCGUGGGCCAACUUCCGCUGGGCGGCCAUGGUGCUCGACAGCCACUCGGUGCGAGUCGUCGUCCCACCGCCCACCCCCGCCGGCGCCGCCAACGGCGUCGAUGCCGACAAGGCGAUGGCAGUCGACACUGGCGUGCAAGACGAGGAGGCGGAGGAGGAGGAAGAAGCUGAGGCGGGUGACGACGACGCGACGACGCUGUCAGCGGGGCCGACCACGAUCACGGUUGCGCUACCGCUGGCGGUUCUGCCGCGACACCAUCCGUACGCGUGCACGGUCGCCGCGCUGGGGUCGCCCGCUGGCGACGGACCCCUCACGCUGCACUCGCUGGCGCCGGUGGCCGAGGGCGACCCAAUCCAUCUCGCCGUGGGCCGCGGCCCCACCAGCGCCGAGCUCAUGCUGCGCCGCGGGCGCAUCGGCGACGCCGUCGAUGCGAACCCGUUCGACGCCCUGCGCUUCCCGUUUCCCGCGCAGAUCCCGCUCACCCACGCCAAGCUGGCGCUGCUGCAGCGCCUGGGGCUCGAGGACGACAUACGGGCGCGCAGUCAUUUCCUGCGCGGGCACGGCCCUCUGCCGGCCAAGCUCAUCGACACGCUGCGGCUCAUCUUCCUCCCCGACGACGCCGUCGAGCGACUGCUGGCCACCGCCUCGGAGGGUGGUCUGCUCACCCUGCCGACCGAUGUCGACGCGCAGGUGGCGGCGCUGAUCGAGGGCUCGCUGCGUUCGCUGCUGAGCGGCCUGACGGUGGCUGGACCCGAGGCCACGGGUGUCAAUGGACGGAAACUGCGACGCACGCAGCGGGCGCGAGAGUACCUGGCUGCGCAGAGACACAUCGUGACCCACAACCUGACCCAACUUGCAGGCCGGUCCCUCACAAAACAAUGA